AAAUUGGUCUCCGCUUCCGACGGCGAACGCAGCCCCGCCGGGCCCGACCAACCACCUGCCCAUGGUGGGCUGGUGUGAGUUGAGGGGUGGCGUGGAAGACCUGGGCCGCGUCGAAGGUCGCACGCGGUGGUGGGGCGGUGGCAGUUCAAACCUACCGCGCCUUGACCUACGAAUACCUUAGUGAAAAUUUCAUCAGCAAAUGCCCGGCCGCGGUGGCCGAAGCCGUGGCGUGCGACGGGAAAGUGGCGCCCGGGCUCUCGCCCUCCUCGCCAUCACAUCGAUUGGGUGUGCGCGGGACAUGCCCCCCAGGGCGGUGCCGAGACAAGCGACCUCAGCCGAGCCUCGGCCUCGGCAGCGCUACCGCGCUCAGGCCCACCUCUAGGACCACCAGGAGGACACAACCGCGUACCUCCUACCGCGUGCCGGGCUGGGGCGGAGGCAUUGCGGCUGCAUACGUAUGCCCUCGGCCGCCCUACGUAGGCCAGGACCCGCUUCUGUGCGGGAUGUCCAAGCACAAAUACGCGACAUCUCAGCUGCUGUCCCCGUAGAAUGGCAGUUGACCCGUAGAACGUAAGACCUCGGCCGUCCUCACAAGACCCCAGCCGCCACCACAGGACUCUACUCGCUCGGCCCCGGGGGCCUGACUUGCGGCGUGAUGCGUGACUGAAUACAUAAACCGGCGCGCCAACAGCGGCGACCCAUCGAUCCAGUCUGUGCUGGCCAGUCUAUAGUCGGACGGACGAAGCGCGGGUUCUGUGUUGGCUGUGGCAGUGAGUAGAAAAGGCGGCAGGUUGGGCUGGGAGCGCUAUAGCAAGUGCCGGCCGGGUACCGACCAGGGCCGCCGUGGGGAGGGAAGACCCUGGCGCCUGGUGCGCUAGUAGUGCCCCCCUCCCCCGCCCCUCCCUCCAAACCGCCUCAGAGCGGCGCCAUUCCCCAGUUCGAUCCGAAUGCUAUUCGGCGACAUUCCCGCGGCGCUGUGCCGUCCCGCAUCGGGUUGCUUAGGCCCGUUGGGCCCGUUGGCAACGCCGUCCCGCAAUCUUUCCAACUCACGCGCAUAGCGAUGUGAGGAUUGUGACUUGUUUUAACUGACUAGUGAUCCCAGUGAUACCGGUAAGAAAAGCAAGAAAAACAGGAAGACCACUCUUCGAACCGACCCUGUCCCUCGCCAUAGUUGUUGCGAACAGCGUUGUAGUCAUAACAUGGCCUUUCCCUUCACCCGAGUACUUUACAUUUCCUCGCGGAAAUCCAUUGCCAGAAUUAUAAUUUUUCAUUGAUUAAAUUAAAAUGUCGAUGUAUUUUCGCUAUUUGCUCGCUACUCUUGGUCUUGUGCACUGAACUCUGCACUUCUAAUUACUUUUUUUUAAGUACAUCAAAUUUUCUGUGAGGAUAAUCACCUUGUAAUGUUGCAGGGAAGUUCUUUUUCUGUCAUUAUUAUUAAAUUAAAUUUGAAGUAUGGAUCGGUUCUAGACAUGGAAAAGAAAUCAAAGAGUGGUAGAAGUAAACCCAAUCUUGCCUUUUAUGAACCUCCCGCUUGUGUAAGGAAAACAAGCUCUGAAAUUAUCAAUGAAGCCAGAGCUUCAAUCAUGCAAAGUGGAACACCAAGUACAUCCAAUAGCAGUGCUGCUAUCAUUCAGCCUGUAAAUACCAAAAGGCCUUUCACUCCUCGUGAUGGCCAAAGAACAUUAUUUGGUCGUUCCAGGGGGUCGGGACAAAGACCUCCUAGUUCCUUCAGCUUACGUUAUCUACAAAACCAAGAAAGUGGAGACUCAGGGGACGCAAGUUCUUCUGGUAACCAUCCUCCGAAACGAGCACAGCUUCAGCCAAUGACAAUGAGUGGGGGUGCAGCUCUGGAGAUGGUAAAAGAAAUAACAGGUAAUGCUUUGACACGAUUACCAUCCAUUAGCAAAAUAGUUGAUGCUCAAGAUAUACGUCGGAAACGUAGACAUCAGUUCAGAACAUCUGCAUCUCUUGACAAUUUGCCAGAGGAGUUGGAGGGAUCUGAAACUUUCUCCAAUGAGACUCCCAUCCGAAAUGCAUAUAGCAGCCCCAAAGAGCACACUGAACGUCUCUCAGAUUGUUUGGAUGUAGUUGGUUUGCAAAAGAGUAAAGCAAGUUCCUCUAUCUCACAAAAUAGUAAGACACCCAGAAAAAUAAUGAAACAUGAUGACUUCACAUCAAAGGCUGAUAUUUCUUCUAAAACCAAUAUCAGUGGUGGAAAAGAUGCAGAAAUGAAAGGUUUCCAGUUCAAUCAGAAAACUAUGCUUUCCUUAGAUGUUGGAAAUUUUUCACAUGACUUACUUGAGAAACCUGAUGGAAUGACAAACACAGUUGUGGAAAAAACACAUAAUUUACUUGACAUAGAACAUAAUGUGUUUGGCCCCAAUAUAGUCUCUGAUGGUGUAAACUCUCCAUAUUCAUCUUCAAAGGUUGAUAGAGAAGUAUUUGGUGAAAGAGUUCAUAAUAAGAAUGGUCAAACAUUGUCUGGAUUUGAAUCAGAUAAAGAAUCUGCAAUAUAUGAUAAUUGCAUUAAUGAGGCAAAGUUAGCUAACUCGUAUGGGAGUAAAGUUCCUGAAGAAAACAAAAUUUCUUCAAAAAUUUAUCAGAUAAUCAACAAACUGACAGAACUUGCACUUAAUGAAGGACCGGAUGCAAUGGUGAUGCUGGGCUUGGAUGAACUCUAUGAUGCUCUUAGAGGAUCAGGUUUGCAAAGGAAGGUUGGAAUAAGCUCUAAAAUUAAAACACACGUGCUGAAGUGUGUGUACAAGUUUGUAGAACGUUCUGAAGACACUCUCCUCUUAAAGCUUGCUCGCAUCAUAUUUUGUUUGCCAGUAACUGGAAGUAAUUUGGCAGGUGUUUGCAAAUUAGUGUUUAAAGUAGCAAGGAAUGACAAAAACGACAAUUUGUUCUUGGAAGGAAAUAUCUUAGAUUUAUUUAUUGAUGCCCUUGGAACAGCUAGUCCUCUUGAGGAUGCUGAAGCUUGUGUGUACGGAUAUGGUGCUCUUAAAUUCCUCACAAUGAAUAAUCAGCUUCUAAAUCACAUACUUGAUCUUGGCACCUUAGAUCUCAUGGUUCUUCACCUCAAAAUUGUGAAUUCUGCGCGAUCAGAAGGGGGUAGACUUCCCGAGCAGACUAGCCAUGCUAUAUUUCAACUGACCGGAGCUCUAAGAAACAUUGCUGGAGAAGAAUCGACAUUCCCUAUGUUAGAAGCAAAUGGUGCUGUAUGUCAGCUUUGUAUAUCCAUGGAACUUUUCAGCUCUGACCUUGAUCUUGUCACAAACAUUGCGCGGACAUUCAGUAUUAUUUCUACCAACGAUGAUUGCUGUCAAGCUAUUGCUAAGUACAAAAAUUGCACCAAGCUUUUUGCAAAACUUUUUUCAAAAUAUCCGGGACACCAAGAUAUUGUUGUCAGAUUGGGAUAUGCUUUGGGUAACCUUUUAGCAAAGAACGAUGAAAUACGUUUGCAGCUUUUGGACACUGACGGAGCCAUGGAUACACUGCUAGAUUUGCUGCAACUUUACUUACAAAAAGAUUUAGACGUUGCCACCAAUGAGGCUCAAAAAUCUCUUCAAAGAGAGGAACACAAUCUUUCUUUAGAAUCAGGGUCUGACGGAUCCAUUGAAGAUGUUAUUGUCAAGAUGAUAAGGAUUGUUGCUAAUAUGAGUAUGAAUAUGGAAGUGGGAGAACGGCUGACAUGUCUACCUAUAGUCAAUGAAACAGAACUCAAUGAUACAAUUAAUGAUUCAUGGAAAGAUCAUUUAAAUGUGAAAGAUACUGCUGUUGGUGACAGAGCAAUUGGACUAUUGUUGACCGUUCUGAGGCGUAAAUCUGUUGCGGAAAGUGCUGAAUUAGUCUUGUCAACACUCAGCACUUUCAAUAAUCUCACAUACUACCCAAGUGGUGCAGAGCUCUCAAUUUUCAAUUCCCACCUAAUGGAUAUUUCUCAAGCUUUGUAUACGCUCCUAAUGAGCAAUCUGGACGAGUGUCUUGUUGAGGCUACUAAGGUCCUUGGCAACCUGACUCGCUCUAAACCAGCAAGGGAUUUCCUUUUGGAAACUGGUGGGCUAAACCAGCUUCUCAAGUUCUUAAGCACUGAUAACCAUGAACUGUUGCGUUCAACAACAGGAGUACUUGUUAAUCUGAUGGCUGAUGCAGACAAACGGGAGGCUCUCCAGCGCACUCAAGGCAUUUCAAGGCUUAUUGCCAUUCUUCUUUACCAUGGGGAGAGUGAUUGGCAACUUUCAAGCCUUAUAUGUCAAGUAUUAUGGAACUACUGCAUUGACAUGGCAAAUCUAAACUGGCUUGGAGCAGAUCAGACAAAUCAGCUUGUUGAAGUGUUGGUGGAUUUUCUAGAUGAUGAACGUCUUUUUGGAGCAAAAAAUAGCACAUCUACCAAUGAUAGCAGUAUUAACGAUACUGGAAAUGGAACAAUAAGCACAUAUCAGCAAUGGGAAGAAUUUGCCAUGAUAGCCACAAACUUGUUAGAGAAAAUGGAAAGUCAUAUAGAAAGUUCACAGCAGAUUGUACUCCCACAUUCCUUGUCUAUGAACCAACUGACCAUAAAUGCUAAUGCUACUGACCUGAGGAAAAGUCAGUGGGAAGAAAUUCCAGCGAAAACACCUUCAUUGCUCCCUACUACAGGUUUAUCAUAAUAAUAAAUGUAAUAAUAAUUAAAAAUAGAUUAAAUGUGUAAUGGAAAGCUAUGUAUUUAAAAGAAAUAGCUUUGUUAAUUUAAACCAAGGUUUCAAAACUUUGGAAACUAAUAAAAAUACUGUAUUUAAGAA